AUGGCCGCCCCAGAUGCCAUGACAUCGCUCGUGAAGAGCUCCGUUGCCCUCCUCUCGAGUGCACACGAGUCUCUGCCGACAUCACUUGCCGCGAUGAAGACAGCAGAGACUGCGCCAUCGUCAACGUUUGGCAUACUCGGCCGCGUGAUACUCUCGAUAUUGAGCGUGCUUCCAACUCUGCUGUUCUGGGUGUCAUAUACACUGCCAACUUGGCUGUUUACGCUCUUCUCCAUGAGCCUCACAUUCACAAUGAACUUUACCACCUUGAUGCUGGUGCUUGUGUUCGUUGUCUCAACCAUUAGUUACUUUGUCAGGUACCGUUACUUGACCAUGUAUGCAAGACUUCCGCCAGAGCCGCAACGUGAAGAACCCCAGGUUGAGGUGUUUCCGGAAAGCCAGGAGGGCGACUCGAAACGAGGCCUCUCCAACUACCUCGACGAGUUCCUGAGCGCCAUCAAAGUAUUUGGCUACUUGGAGCGCCCAGUAUUCCACGAACUCACACGGACCAUGCAGACUAGGCGUCUUGCCGCAGGCGAGACCAUACUUCUUGAGGAAGAAAAGGGAUUCUGCUUAGUAGUAGACGGACUUGUCCAGAUCUUUGUCAAAUCAAAUCGAGAAGAGUCCGACUCUGAUGAGGAUGACGGCGAACUUCAAGGUGAAUCGGGUGGCGGUAGUGCUCAGGCUCAUCGACAAGGUUAUCAAUUACUUACAGAGGUCAAGAACGGUGCACCGAUGUCUUCACUGUUCUCUAUUCUCUCGUUAUUCACUGAAGAUGUGAAACUUCGCCAUGACGAAGAUAGUGGUCCCAGUUCGAGCACACCUAUGUCGCCUCAGCAUCGUCCGUCUAUGACUAGGAACAGCAGUUUCAACAUGGACGAUUCCCGGCCAGAAACCCCGAUCGAGGCCCAGGAGGCCACAAUACGCCGCCGCAGAACAUCAGCGCUUGCAAGUCCCACGGCCGGAGGGCGAUUGUCAAAUGUACCGCCUCUAUCCCUGGACACCGACGGCUUCAACGAUAAUUUCAAACAUUCCAAGCAGCGCAGAUCGCCGUCGAGAAGUACAAAGCCCAAGUCAGCCCAUCCAGAUAUCGUUGCUCGUGCAACUGUUGAUACCACCAUCGCAAUCAUUCCGGCAACUGCCUUUCGUCGGUUGACGCGCAUCUAUCCCAAAGCGACAGCGCACAUUGUUCAGGUCAUUCUGACGCGCUUGCAAAGAGUUACCUUGGCCACCAGCCAUGCCUAUCUCAGUCUGACGAAUGAAGUCCUGCGUACUGAAAAGCUGAUGAACAAGUACACUACCUACGAUCUCCCUGGAUUCUUGAGAGAUGCUCCUCUGGAAAGGCUGAAGGAGAAGUUUACGAAAGAGACGGAACGUCUUGGGUCAGACGAAGGGAUGAAGGGCAUUGCCCUGCACAAUCCAGGCGCUGGUCGUCGUCGAAGAACUAGCCCUUACCAGCACGAUGUUCGUCGAGAUGCCCGCACACCUCUCGACGCUAGUGGCUUCAAUCCCUUUGCUUCACCUUCUAUGCGUCCUAAUCUACACCGACAAGAGUCCAUUGAUGAAGCCACUGUUUUCCGAGAAUCUGUACUUGGCUGCAUGUUCAAAGCCAUUGGACUGACUAGUCCAGAGAACCCCGUACCGAGACCGGCGGCAUCCGUGGAGCAAUCGCCGCGCCUAGUGUCCUUCGAUGCAAAGCGACAGAAAGCUAUCUUCACAAGCGCUUUUGGCUUCAUGGACCCGUAUGAGGCAUCCAGGGAUGGCGAUGCUGAUUCAGUAGCAUCUGCAUCUAAUCUGUCUACACUGAGUGCGUCUGGUAACGGGAACCUGCUCGAAGAGGUGGUCAACGAUGUUGAGAUUGUGUUCUUUCCGAAAGAUGCUGUACUUGUUGAGCAGGGUGAAAGAAACCCAGGCUUGUACUACGUGAUCGACGGAUUCUUAGACGUCAGCGUCGCUGUUGAAGAAGAUAGUUCUGAGAGCAACGUGCUCGGAACCUUACCUACAGGCCCGGCCGUGACGGAGGACGACCUGUUUGGACCACCGCUGCAGCCCACGGCUACUAAUACAUCUUUGCGCAACGGCGAGAAUUCCAAGAAAAAGCGAUCCCGGAAGAGUUUGUUUAUGACCAGACCUGGAGGUCUCGCCGGGUACCUUGGGACAGUCUCUUCGAACCGUUCGUUUGUUGACGUUACAGCCAAGACUGAUGUUUACGUUGGCUUCUUGCCUAGAGCCUCCAUCGAGAGGAUCGUAGAGCGCUAUCCAGUCGUUCUCUUGACAAUGGCAAAGCGGCUUACUACUCUCCUUCCCCGUCUCAUCCAACAUAUCGACUUCGCGCUGGAGUGGGUUCAAGUCAAUGCUGGGCAGGUGAUCUACAAUCAAGGCGAGGAAAGCGACGCAAUCUACAUUGUGCUGAACGGUCGACUGAGGGCCAUAAAGGAUGCCGAAAACGGCAAGGUCACAGUCAUUGGAGAGUAUGGACAGGGCGAUAGCGUUGGCGAACUCGAGGUCUUGACUGAAACCGCGCGGCCAGGGUCGCUGCAUGCCAUUCGCGACACUGAACUGGCGAAGUUCCCAAAGACCUUAUUCAACAGCCUUGCACUCGAGCAUCCCGGCAUUACAAUCAAGAUAUCAAAGAUCAUCGCCUCUCGUAUGAGAGCUUUGGUUGAUGAUCCGCUGCAUGAGCAGAGCAAAGAGAGGAGUAACAAAGCCACACGAACCAAUGUAUCGUCUACGGUCAAUCUGCGCACAGUAGCAAUACUUCCAGUAACUGCAGGCAUACCGGUAGUCGAUUUCGCCAGCCGACUGAUGAAUGCUCUGAACCAAAUCGGUGUACCGCGAGGAGUGGUGUCCUUGAACCAGGCGGCGAUCCUAAACCAUCUCGGCCGACACGCUUUCAAUCGGAUGGGGAAGCUCAAGCUGUCUCAAUAUCUUGCCGAUCUUGAAGAGAAAUACGGCAUGGUCUUGUAUGUUGCGGACACACCUGUAAAGUCGCCAUGGACACAGACCUGCAUCAGCCAGGCUGAUUGCAUCCUUCUCGUUGGUCUUGCUGAGUCAUCACCAAACAUCGGCGAGUACGAACGCUUCCUGCUGACGACCAAGACGACUGCGCGAAAGGAACUAGUUCUGUUACAUGCAGAACGAUACUGUCCCUCUGGACUGACGCGGAAAUGGCUGCGCAAUUGGCCUUGGAUCAACGGCAGUCACCAUCACAUGCAGAUGUCUUUCCGUGCAACAGCUGAGCCAGUCCAUCAAACAGGGCGAAGACUCGGAAACGCCAUCAAGCAGCGGGUGCAAGUCAUUCAGGCGGAGAUUCAGAAGUACACAUCCAAAAGAGUCAGGCAGACACCUUUGUACUCGGCAGAUACGCCCUUCAAAGGUGACUUCCAUCGGCUUGCUCGUAGGUUGUGUGGCAAGUCUGUGGGAUUGGUGUUAGGAGGUGGAGGUGCUCGUGGUAUCUCACAGAUUGGUAUCAUCCGAGCACUUGAAGAAGCUGGCAUACCCAUCGACAUUGUGGGAGGUACUUCUAUCGGCAGUUUCAUAGGUGCACUCUACGCCUGGGAUGCAGACGUGGUUCCAAUGUACGGCAGGGCCAAGAAGUUUUCCGGUCGUAUGGGCAGCAUGUGGAGGUUUGCUCUCGACCUUACGUAUCCUUCGUAA